AUGUCUUUCCCACACUCACGAGCACAUUCUGAACUCUUUUCGGCAUCUCAGUACGAUGGACCAAUCAUUAAGCGAUCACGCAUACAACUUAAUUACUUUAUCAUUCCAACUUUUAUAUUAUCAAUUGUUGGCUUGGCAUGUUUAUGGACAUUAUGGUACUACAUGAGUUUUACGACAGUUUUCCCCUAUCAUCAUCGAGUAUUCCAGUGUCGUGACAUCCUUUUAUACAGACCAAAUUUUCAUUCAGAGGAUUUCAAUCUGUAUGUGUCAUAUGCGCUCCUUCAUGCAUUUGGUUUUACAUUACCUCCACUUGUUAUAUUCAUCGGUGAAAUAAUGUUUUGGCUAUUCUCCACUAAACCAAGAAAGACAGUUUACGCUAGUUGUGGCGAAUGUAAAAUCCAUUUAUUAACUCGACGUCUUACACGAUUUAUUGGUGUGUUCAUGUUUGGUGCACUUAUAACACAAAUAUUUGUUUAUACGAUCAAAUUUAUGACUGGUUAUCAACGGCCAUAUUUUUUGUCUCUUUGUAGACCAAACAUAAGUGCAUGUACUGGACCGCUUGAGCAAUCACCAUCACCAUCUCCCUUCUUAGCAUGCUUAUACCGGAAUUCUAACGAUUUGCGUUACGCUUCACUUUCCUUUCCGUCACUCCAUGCGGCAUUCUCAUCCUUUUCAUGUACAUUUGCUUCGUGUUAUAUUUAUUGUAUGAUCAAUCUACGUAGUGCACCUUUAUUGCGACCAUUUCUGAUAUUUGGUUUCAUGGGUCUUACGCUAAUUGAUUCAUUUUCACGAAUCAAUGGUUAUAAGAAUCAUUGGAGAGAUAUUUGGGUCGGAUGGUUGAUCGGUUUUUUUAUUGCUUUUUUCCUGUGUCAUUCUGUUCUAUGUUUCCAAGAACAUUAUUAUUAUGUAGUAGAAAAACCGAUGACACUGGAGGAGCGCAUUAGUCCAUUCUUCCAAUGGUUCAGGUUACCACGUAUAAGAGCGCCUUCUUUAAAGGAGGAAUACACGGUCUACGAAGAGGACAUUCCACAACCAACAGUUUCAACAAAUACUGCAGCACGUCAUCGACGAAGUCAUGAUCGUACUUAUGAAAUUACAACAACAACUGAAAGUUUUCAUCGUACUGUUUCUCCAUCACAACAACAACAACAAAAUGGUUACGGUGGUUAUUGA